AUGUCGUCCAAAGUCACGCAAAAGUCUGUCAAUCAGACAAUCACUGCCAAUGAAACUUCAGGAGCAGGUCUGCGAACGUUCCUGUCUGACCAAAUUGCCCCUCUUUCGGAGUCAGAAUUCAAACAAUUGACUGAAUAUUUUUCAGCCUGGAAGUACAAAUCCAUUCCUCCCUAUGAAAUUGGGACUGAGGAGAAUCUUGCUCAGCGCAAACAAGCAUGGGCCAAGGGAACCCAAUGGGAUGGUCUUGACUUUGGAAGUCUUAGUAGUUUGGAAACUGCAGAAGGUAAACAGAAUACAUUGAAGAGCGUGAUCAGGAAUGGGAUCAGGCAAGUUAAAGAAAGCUCAGUCACACCCCAAGUGUCACAUGAACAACCACUCGAUGAUGAGAAAGAUGAAGAGAACAUUUCAGUUAUUCCACAACAGAAUGCUUAUGAGCUCAAUACAAUGGGAGACAAUGAGGAGACAGAUGAUGAGGAAGACGGAUGGCUAGAGGAAGUCGAGGAGGAAGAGGAAGACGACGAACGGUGGUCCUAUAGUUCCGACCAGACGAAGCAGAGGGGGAAUGGUGGAGGGAGACAUGAGGAGUUUUACUGA